GGGGCUGAUUGGCUGAUAGAAUGAAUAAGAAUACAUGAUGGAGGGGAUCAUAGAAUGAAUAAGAAUACAUGAUGGAGGGGCUGAUUGGCUGAUAGAAUGAAUAAGAAUACAUGGUGGAGGAGCUGAUUGGCUGAUAGAAUGAAUAAGAAUACAUGGUGGAGGGGCUGAUUGGCUGAUAGAAUGAAUACAAAUGUUUGGUGAAGGGGCUGAUUGUAGAAUGAGGGUGCUGGGUGGGUGGCUUAUCAGGAAUUCACUUUAGAUGAGUGAGACUGAAAGGAACCAGCUGGACACUGGGCUAGUGACUGAGCACAUGUGACUAGAGGUCUGUCCGACAUAGGAAUGUUCCAGUACAUGCAUGACUAAAUCCCCUAAAUAGCAGAGGAGCCUGUACAGACAGUGAGCAGACAAUGUAGAGUGUACAUGUACUUGCAAUAGUAACAGGUGCCUAAAUGUAGAACAGGAAUGGCUGCCAAUUAGUCAAUUAGAACGCGCCCCGCCUCCCAUUAGCUGGAACUCACCUCACCGUGACGGGGUAAAGCACAUUUUUUACUUGGGGUCUGGAGCAUUUUGCGCUAGACUCUUCCUUUCUCCGGAGGCUGCUAAACUACAAUCCACUUCACAAUCCCGCGCUCCCAUUCAGUUAGCGCUGGGGGAUGCCGGGGACCGCAUUCUAUCUGCAGCUCAAUCUCGUCUCUCCCUGGCGUGGGACGCUGCUUGGAAUCAUGGACUGACUCAUUUCUUCCGCAAAACUCUGCACCGAGCAGCCAGCGGAUGAGCUUUGUUUUUAAAUACCGUUUCACCCUCCGUGUACACCCCCCGCCCGCCUUACAGUGGCUCUUUCCUCCUUAUCCUUUAAUGGCAUCGCCUCACCCAGCACAAGUUGUAGCAUAGGAUGUCAGCGAGAGGUGGUGAGCUGCACGAUUCACAUCGGCAUGUUCUAUAUGGAGAGCAGUAUCUGAGCAGUGACCGCAGCUGGCCGGACAAUGCCAUUACUAUCCCAAGUGAGACGGAACGUGUGCCGGGGACGUUUGCUCAGGUGCACUCUCCCUCUCACGCUCCUGCUCUUCCUCACAGUGGGGCUCAAACACCUGACCAUGGACUGCAACCUGGCCCAUAACAAUGACAUACCUAUGGAAAGCUGCAUGACCUCCUAUUACAUGGCUUUAAACUUGUCUGCCCCAGGAGAAAAGAACUGCCACAGAAUUAUCCAAGGGGACACUGAUGAGGUCAGGAGAGCCCUAAUUGACAAUCUUGUAGCCAAAAAAAAGAGGGCUGUCCUGACUGACUGGGAUUAUAUCAAUUUAACUAGUGAUUGCAAGCUCUUCAGGGAGAGGCGGAAAUACAUCAUGUUUAGCUUGAGUAAAGCAGAACAAGACUUCCCCGUUGCUUAUUCUAUGGUGAUCCACGACAAUAUUGAGAUGUUCGAAAGGCUUCUGAGAGCUGUUUACACCCCCCAGAAUAUUUAUUGCGUUCACGUGGAUAAGAAGUCCCCAGAGAGCUUUCUGCAAGCCGUGAGGGCCAUCACUUCUUGCUUCGACAAUGUGUUUGUGGCAUCGACGCUGGAAAGUGUGGUCUACGCAUCAUGGCGGAGGGUUCAAGCCGAUCUCAACUGCAUGGAAGACUUGCUGAAGAGCAACGUGCAAUGGAAAUAUCUCAUUAAUACGUGUGGAGCAGACUUUCCAUUGAAGACUAACGUGGAGAUGGUCAAGGCUCUCAAAUCUUUAAAUGGCCACAACAGUAUGGAGUCUGAGACGCCGCCAAACUACAAGAAGAGACGCUGGGAAUAUCACUUUGAGAUCAAGGAGGACUCCGAUACGAUAGUUCUGACAAACACUAGGAAAAAGCCGUCACCGUUGCCUGUUCAGGUUUUUAGUGGCAAUGCUUAUAUAGUGGUUACCAGAAACUUUGUGAAAUCGCUGUUUGUAAACCCCACAGUGAAAAAGUUUAUUGCUUGGGUGAAGGAUACCUAUAGCCCUGAUGAAUAUAUGUGGGCCACAUUAAAUAGAUUUGCAGAGAUGCCAGGAUACAUGCCUGCACACCAGAAAUAUGACACGUCAGACAUAAAUGCCAUUGCUAGACUGGUGAAAUGGGAAAGCCUUGAAGGGGACACUAAUAAAGGCGCUCCGUAUAUACCCUGCACUGGUACCCACAGAAGACAGGUGUGUGUAUAUGGAACUGGAGACCUGAAUUGGAUGGUCCAGCAGCACCAUUUCUUUGCCAAUAAGUUUGACCCAAAAGUAGAUGAUAAUGCCAUUCAGUGUCUGGAGGAAUAUCUGAGGUAUAAAUCAUUCCAUCCAACAGAGAAUAUAUUCUAAGCCUCAUUAUGUCUAUUUAUACUGAGCUCAAAGUUUUGCCUACAUUGCACUGUUUAUAGGGUGAAUAUACUUUCACUCUGUAUUUCUAGAUUUCUACAAUAAAACAGCCUUAUAAUCUG